AUGUCUCGACCGGAACUACCGCAUACCAUCACCUUUCAUCCAUAUCUGUCCAUAUUUCUCGGCUUGCCAGCGCACAACGAUGAGAAUCAGGGAGAUCAUCCGAUCUUUCAUCCAGGGGAAGAAUUGAAGGGUACAUUGCAGUUAGAAUGUACGGUAGCACAUACGAUAAGCCUGGGUAGGAUAGAAGUGGAAAUGAACGAAGUGAUCCAAAAGACCUUCUGGCAGACCUCACUUGCCUUUCAAGGACUUGGACUACCAGUCUCCAGCGCUUGUGACGAGGAUUCCUUGUCAUCCAGGUCGUUGGCUGGGUAUCAUCCUGCUCGUAAAGGAAUUACGACAUUCCCAUUCAGGCUAGCCUUAUCUGACACUCUGCCUACUUCAUUCACCACCCCUACCGCUCUCACUUCAUACACCCUACAUGCCGUCGUUCAUAUAUACGAGUUCCCAUCGGCACGUUCCAUAUUGCAUAUCUCUACUGAAUUAGACAUCUUGCCCAGAGUCGGCGAUGGCUUCCGAAAUUUUCCUUCCAUCUCGAGAGACGCUGUCAGCCAAGCUAUCUUGAACGGAGAGGGGGAUGACGAGGUAUUGGAGAUCGACGUGAAGAGUACAGAUGGAUGGGCAGUUGAGGGAUCGAGGGUCAGGCUUGGACUUAGGGUGAGGAAUGAAACUCGAUUACCGACUUUGCCGCCCACGCUAGAGAUCGUCCAGCGAGUCACCGUGCAGCAAGUCAAUCGGCAAAUGAUUGACUUGGAUACUAUCGUUCUUGAAUGGGUCUACGCAGCAGAAGAGUUGGAAGCAGAUAGCGUUGUGGCUCUUUCAAUCCUUGUAUUCCAUCCGGCUUCCCUUUCUGCCGAUAUGUGGCUAGAACACCAUUCGCUUCAAACGGAAUUACGAGGUGCAUUAUCACCUGUACCACCCAUAACCAGAGCUCAGAGGAGAUGGUCAGCUCCUCUCCAAACUGUUAUCACCGCGCUCACACCUCCGGCAUCGUCACGAAGUCCCGAUCAUCCUUUUUCUGCAGCUGAAUGUAUGUCUACGUCAGAUCAUCGACCGAAACUUCAUCAAUCAAGGCAUAGUAUAUCUGGACUACCUACUAGAGCAGGGACAUACCCCUUCUCAGCCUAUCGACCAGCCUAUAAUCCCCUGCCUGUACCACCUCGGAUCAACGAUGAUUAUCCUCAACCUGAUUGGAGCUUAUAUGCAGUCUCGGAAGAAGAAGAAUCCCGAGCCACCAGGACACCAAGACAUCUCAGAGAAACCAGUGAAAUUAGAGGAAGAAGCUCCACCUCCCCGUCGCGCUACUCCGUUGCAUGGUCCUCGUCCACCUUCAGCUCCACGCCUCAACAUCAUUCCGGCCACAAUCCUAUCGCCUAUCUGCCGGAGAUCCUGUCACCGAAACCCAUCGUCUUUACCAACCCAGACUCGUACUUUGACAAUCAACAAGCCACUACGAGUCCCGAAAGCUCACCUACUAAAGGUGGGAGUUAUAGAUUGAGCAAAGAUACAGUGAAGAGCUUAGAAGCUAUGGUUGUCGAUGAUGAACCGAUAGUCGUAAACGAAGCAGGGGAAAUACCGAAAAAGAGAUCAACUAGAAGAGGUAGUGACCACCGACGUUCGAUCUCAGAUCUGUUCGAAGAGGAAAACAAGUCAAGUGAAGGUUGCUUUGAGGGUGGGCUGUAUAGAGCGAGAGAACAUAGAACAUGUGAUCAUCAGUCUUCCUCACUGGGGAGUUUGGAAGAAACACCUGAUACCAGAUCGGAAAAGCAGGAGAAGUAUAAAAUCGCAUCGGAUAGUAUCGAUGUACUAGAUAAUAAAGAUCAUGAGAUAGUGCGGGCCACAGAAGCGAAAGCAACUUUCAAAAUACCCUCUGACCCUAUCAUCUCUUCUGACCCCGAAAAUUCUGCUCGUGGAGAUAAAGGAGGAAGGGUGACUUCCGCUCGUCAGCUUUUCGAAGAUAAGAGUAAUCAAACUAAGUCUUCUACCGGAAUAUCCGUGGCAGAUAAGAAGAAAAGUUAUUCGUUACCUCCUAACUUGCUUCUUACCAGUUCACGAAAAGCUUCAACUGGGUUGGUGCAAGUCGAAUCUCCAAAGGAAGGCGUAUCUGUAAGACCAGAUGGAGUACACUUGCAGGGUAGAAGGAGUAAGACUUCAGUUGAAACUCCAAGUGCAGGUUCAGGUGCAGCUGUCGGGAAAUUGAGAGAAUUAAUUGAGAGAUACAAGAGUGUAACUUCUGCGACCGCCAAGUGA